AUGGAGACUAGGAAUUUAUCAGAACCACAACUUCCCCAAGGCGCAAGAUCCCUCAAGAUGCAAGGAAACAUGCAGCUAACCUUCAUUCAUGAUAAAGAGGAUAUUCGAUGGCUGAGUGCGAAAAAUGCUGCCAGGCAUCGCCACUCCAUCUUCACAGAUGUCGAACGCCGUGACAUGACCCUUCAGAUCGUCUCCUCCGUGCCCAAUCAGAAUCCUGACCAGGCAAUAACUGAUCUGGAAAGGUUCGACUCGGAUACCAGUUGCUCGGAACCAUUCGCGCUAUUUCGGGGACCCUUUGGUGCUUUCAGAUGGUCACAGCCGCCCCCACUUGACCUCUUACCUUCCGGUACAGAUGAUCAUCCGGCUUCGCCCACUGACUGGUUCGAGCAGCUUGAGGAGCUGGCAAGAGACGAAGACUUCCCGUUCAGAAGGGUGCAGUCUACAGCCAUUUCAGAGCAUUGA